AUGCCCACCGUAGAAGACUACUUUGACGACGACACAGACAUCCCCCUCCCCGCCGCAUCAGCCUCAAAGCCCCGCCCCCUCCCCCACCUCGGAGAACGCGGCGCCCUCCUCGAAGAGAUCACAGACGAUGACGGCGACAUGGACUUUGAAAGGAUCGCAGAGCAGGGCCGCGGCGUCUUUGGAGAGAACUCGUCAGCGCCCCCUCCCAGGGCUCCUAGCGGGAAUGGGAAGGGCAAGAUGGCUCAGCGAGACGACGACUUGAGACCGUCCACGAGUCAAAGUGGGCCGAGAAUUGAUCCCAAUACGCCAAUGGGAGGAUUCAUGGGCGACAUGAUGAAACUGCAGGCGGACGAGGAGGAGAGGCUGGUAAAGCUGAGAAGGCAGUUUGGCAAUGCUGCGGUCGGCGGUGACCCCAGUCUCUACAAGGACUGGAACUCGCUCUAUCCUAUCUAUUUCGAUGCCAAGGCGUCUGUCAACGCCGGACGACGAGUUCCUCGCUCCUCUGCUGUCUGGUGGCCUCUCGCAACCCAUAUUGCACAGGCCUGUAGUGCCCUUGGCUUGCCGAGUAUACUCGAACCGGAAAGGUGCCACCCGGCGGAUUGGGAGAACCCGGGAAGAGUCAAGGUGCAAUUCGAAAAGGAUGGGAGGUUUGUCAACCCCAUCGUCAAGAACCGUACCGACUUGUAUCGACACCUUGCCGAUCAAAUCCGCCAGCGAUACCCCGACCUCGCAUUUAACCCCUCUACCACCCCUUCUCGCCGCCACAAGGCUGCUGCCCCCGCCCCUGCUACCAAAGCUGCCCCCAAGAAGGGCAAGUCCAAGGCCAAGGCAGCACCCAAGGCCAAACUCCCUCCCCCUCCACCAAAGCUUCCUGCUCGGCCUCCCCUUCCUCCCACCAUCCCAGCCCUAGACGACAGAUUACCUCUGCACUCCCCUGUGGUGCCCGCGGGUGUGGCUGUGGCGGCAAUCAAGAGGGAAAAGGAGCAAGAGAAGGAGAGGAAAAAGAAUGGUCAGGUUGAAGGAGCUGCGCCAGGUGAGGGCAAGGCGCCAAAGGUAAAGAAGAUCAUGGUCAGGGGAGGCAAAAGAUGA